AUGCCUGCGGGGCAUUGCUGGGCGCCUAAAGCAACGUGGGGAGGGGGGAAGCGAAGCAUCCUAGCAGUGGGGGUAUCGGCCGUUGGUGCAGAGCGACCCUCGACCCUGAGAACGCGAGAGGCCCAUUUGCUGACCGCACCGAACGAUAAGCCGGUGUACCGGGAUCCAAAGAGAACCAGCCAACAGGAACGAAAAACGCGUGUAGGUUUGAGGCCUCCGGAUGGCGUACCGAAGUGCGUAGCCCGCCUCGCUCCCUGCCUUUCUGACGCCUUUAUUCUGAAGGUUCCUUCUUCUCGUCAUCCUUUCGCGGCCGUGCUCGUGUGGUGUGGCGUCUCAGAUCCCACGGGGCGCGUCGCCUCUUUCACGCUCGGCUCGAUCGCGGCGCCACCCAGUCAUCUUGUCGCUCGCUCGUUUCCUCAAUCCGUCCGCCGGUUGCGGCCUUCCUCGGCGCGCAGCUCGCGCGUCUCGCUCCUGCGAAGUUCGGCGGGGCUGCCGCGCCCGACGUGUCUGGCCGCGUCGGCGCGGGGGAGAGGCUGGAGCGGCGCUCUGCAGCCGUGGGCGUCGCGCCGCAGGAGACAGACUGCGAUUCGAGGCGCCAGACCCCACCUCACCCGUGGAGACAGCAUGGCCGCCCAGGGCGAGAGCGCCUGUCGAGCGCUGGCUGUCUCCGACGACGGAAAGCUCGUCGCCCUGGGGGGCACGCGCGGGCGCAUCGGUCUCCUCUUUCUCGCAGAAAACAGGUACUCUCUCCUCUUCCGCCCCGGCGUGGAGUCGAUUGCCUCACUCGCCUUCCUGCCAGUGUCGGCGCUUCCUUCCGCGCGCCGUGCCUCGUCUGCGCAGUUUGCAACUUGCCCCUGCUGCGUCGCUCAGGGCGCGCAGUCUACGCGGCUGCGGUCAUGCAGACCGAGCUGCUCCAUCUGCGAAGGCCGCACCCUCUUCCGCUCUUCGUCUCCUUCGCAAACUCGGGGAUCGACACCAGGUUGUGCCUCUCUGCCCAGCGAGCGUACGUCUGCGUUGCCGAGGUUCCUUCGCACAGCGGCUGAUCCCGAAGAAAAGCCCUGCCUCCCACGACGUCUCGCCUCCUCUGCUUCGCCUCCACAUCUUUGCACCGCCUCCUGCAGCCGCAGGGCACCCCAGAGCCGGGGAUUCCAUGCCGCGUCUCUGAAUGAUGGUUCACCUCUCGCGGGCGCGCCCCGCUAUUGCAGCCGCCCAAGCCCCUACGAGGGCCUCCAGACUCAGCGACCGCUUUCGGCCCUCUCGGCGUCUCCUCUCGUCUCUCCACGCCGCCCGGCUCUCACAACCCCGUUCGGCCUUGCGGCCGCUCUCCCCCUUGGAGGCGCCUGCUCCUGUACCUCCGCGACGAUGCGUCCCCCGCGAGCGUCCUCACCCUCUCCUGACCACGAGGCAGCGCAGCGCUCGACGUCGGCGUCUCCUCGCGCCGGCGGCCCGCGAGGGCUGCCCGUCUCUUUCGUGUCGCUCCAGCGGCCUCUGCGCGGUGAGGUCGGCGCCGAAGGAGCCCGGAGACCUCCAGCCAGUCCGGCGCGAGACCUGCCAGGGCCCCACACCGCGCGAGCCCCGGCGGCCCCUCCAGACAAGGAGGGACGGAGGCCUCUUGCGCGGCCGCUCGCGUCCGCGAGGUUCACAUGCAGCUCGCUGUUUCCCCACGGCGAGCCCCCCCUCAGGCACAUUCGGAGUCGGUGUGUGAGUCUAGAGAAAACUGGAUCUUCCGGAGGAUGCUCUCCGCGGCUGCCGCUUGACUGUCUCACCGCGGCCUCGCCGGCGGGGCGCGGCGCCUGCGCGAGGCGAUUUUUCCGCUCCUUCAAGCCUUUCUCCACCGCCUGGGCGACGUGCAAGGAGACGGACAGGGGCGAGCAGGGGCUCGCGCCGCAAACGAUGGAAAGAAGGGUUGGAAGAAGAAGCGAGUCGCUCUUGGCAGCUGCGGCAGGUCGCACCAUCCAGCUGUUCGACUUAAACACCCUCAGGAGAGUCUUCGAGGCCAGACGUCACCAGAUGCCUGUGUCGCACAUUCGCCUGCUCAAGAAAAGACGGACGUUCGCCUCUCUCUCUCCGGAUCUCCUCCUCGUGUGGAACUACGCCCGCCUCGAUGACGUGCAGAUCGCCUUGUCGCUCCAUCCCGCAGCGCCUUCGCUCUUCUCGCAAAUCGCUCCCUUCCCCUCCGCGCCGGCCUUCGACGGAUUCAUUCUUCUCCAGAAAGAAGGCUGCAUCACGCUGUGGGUUUCGGAGCGCAGGCUGCCCGCAGACGCGCCGGCCUCUAUUCCCUCCGCGCCGCAAGCCCUCCAGAAGGCGCAGCCGCGAACGACGUCGGGCGAGUGCCGCUUGCCAAGCGCCGAGGGAGAGGGAGCGCGCCAGACGGCGAAGCUGCGGGUCCACCCAGGGCCCUUCCGCCCUCUUGGGCAGUGGGCGGCCGCGCCCCGCCCAGCCUCCUGUCUUGCCCUCUCUCAGCCUGGGGCGCCGCUUGGGGACGCCCUGCUGCCGGAGCGAAUCCACUUCACCGCAGUCGUCGUCGCGCACCAAAGACUGGUUGCCCUCGGCCUGUGCCUUCGCACGCACAAAGGCGUGAUCUACGCGUUCCCCCUCUCGUCGUCCGCCGCUUCCUCAGCUUCGGACUCCUUGCGUCCGCAAGCGAAGGGCGCCUCGCUUCUCUCCCCUCCUCCCGACGCGGGUCCAAGCGCCUCCGCGUGUCUCCGCCCAGGGCGCGGCCCUCUCCGGCUUCUUCCAGAGACUGGAACUCGACCUCUCUCGCGCCUGUCAUCCUCGAACUCGUCGCGCAACAGCUGCGCCCUGCCCUCUCACUCCCCCCCUCCUUCUCCGCCCUCGUCUGUGCCUGCUGCGUUCUCUCGCAAGAGCGACAAGGGUCUCCGACAGCAGGCGCCCAGCUGCGGCCUUGCUGCCGAGUGCUGCAAGCUCAGCGCGAGGCGCGUAAUGGGAAGCAAUGGAGAGACAUCGGACGAAGGCAGCGCGUGCGGCCUGGCGCGCGCAGGAGGGGACACAGGCGCUGUCGGGCGCGUGGGAAGUUGCGCCGCAGAGGCGCGGAGGCAAGCGGAGGCGUCGCGCCGACAGACAAGCCUCCGCUCCAUCCUCGUGGCGGAGACGUCCUCGCCGGUGCUGCAAGCGACUGCGCUCGAGCUGAGAGACCAAGCGUGGGGUGACGAAGACGAAUUCCGCGGAUCGACUGCGACGGCGAAAGGCAGCAGAGACCCCAAGAGAGCCCCCACGGGACUGGGCAUGGUCCUGGAGGAAGGCGUCUUCGCUGUUGUCGAUCUCGAAUCGCUGGAGGAACUCGUGCGAAUCGAGGACGAGGGCCGCGCGGUCGUUCAGGCGGAGACGGACAGCAAAAACAAAUUCCUGUUUCUCCUCUUCUCCGACGGCUCCACGGUGAUGUUUGACUUUUUCGAGACGCUGCGGCUGUCGACGCGCCAGCGGCAAGCGCGGACGCAGAGAGGAGGCUGUCUGUCUCUGCUCUAUCCUGUGCUGCCUUCGUGUCCGUCUUCGUUGACUCUCCCUUCUUGCCUCCAAGCUCUCGCCGGCGCUCACGCGUGCAGGCCGCAGACUGUCAGGGUGGGGUCAGCUUCGGGGUGCUGUCUGCCGAUCCUCGACGUGGACGACGACGAAGUCUCAGAUCGCGCCUCCCCCUGCAGCGCCACAGAGUCUUCUGUUCUGAUCGAGGGUUCGCCAUGUGUCACACAGGCUUGGAGUAACGGCGCCAGCGCGCGUAGAGCGGGUGGCAGUCGCAGGACCCGCGCUGACGCGUUGCGGGAAGAGGACUUCCAUCCGCCCAACGGCUUCGCCAGCUACCUGGAGAGAGACUUCGCGUCUCUUGAGGGCAGCGAGAGCGAGCCCAGGGCUGUGGGAAGCGGAGUCCUUCCACGUAGGAGCCUUCCACGGGCGCAGCGCGAGCGGCCGGUUGCGGAGGGACAGACCGCAGCGAGCCGGGAGAUGAGUCGGGGUUGGGCGCGGCGAGAGGCGGCCUCUGCAGAGGCCUGCGGCGACUCCCCCUCCCGCCUCCCGCUGCAGCUGCGCGGUCAGAGACACCACCCGUCGCGGGGUUUCCUCAGUUCACCCGCUGGGGCGGGAGAGAGCGAAGGCGGGCAGACUUUGAGAGGGCGCGGGGAGGCGAAGAAGCAUAGUUUCUCUACCGUCUCUGGUUCAUCUUGUUCCGCUGCACUUUCGGCAGAAUGUCGCCGCGAGGCAGCCUCAGGUGCGCUGUUGGAAGUCGCCAGGCCUCCACGCGAACUUGGCAGCGGAGACGACCCGAUCGGGGCUGGCAUGAAACCGCGAGCCGUGCCUAUGCCUGGGGCGGAAUGCUUUCCUGCGUUCUUCCCCCCUCCGCCGCCUCCCAUGUGCCUCUCUCGUCUCUUACUCCCUUCUGGCUAUAUCCCUGGGCGGGUUCCGGGGGGGCUCUGCGAGUCGGAGUCUUCUUCUCCCUCUUCUUCAGGCGCCUCGUUUUUAUCGGAGGACCUGUCCCCCGGGGGCCUCCUAGGCCCGGCGGAGCUCUGCCGGGGGCGGAGCGCCGCAGCCAGCAGCGUCGCCGAGAGCCUCUCAGGGCUCUUUGGGGUCGACGCCAACCGUGAGGGGGUCGGAAUUACCUCGUCGCCAGGAGAAGACGCGGACGCCACCACCGCCGUGCCACUCGUCUUCUCGCCCCCCAACUGCUCGCCGCCGUGGAGCCCCGCCGCUGGAGGGUUUGAGAAAAAUGGGCCUUUAGGGCUGCCUGAGGCAGAGGCUGGCACGCGAGUGUGCUAG